AUGUCCACACCCCCAAUCCAUUCAAAAGCUGAAAUCCCAAUAAACAGUCCUACGUCUGAACAAGCAGCUAAGAUUGUUAUCUCUGCUGCCGAUAAUGACUUAGACAGUUUAGUUAAUUACAAGAAUGACUUUGGUCCAGAUUCAAUUUUCACUGCCAGAGAUGAUGUUGGUCAUAGUAUUUUACAUGCAGUUUGUGAGAAAGGCCACUUAGAAAUCCUAGAAUGGCUUUUGCCUCCUCAUCUUCCGUACCCACCUGGGCCUUCACCUUCGAAUACCCCAUUAUUCUCCUCCUCUUUAUCCCCUACCCCUCAUUUAACACAAGCCUUAAUCGAUUCGAACACACCCGAUCAGCGUUCACCAUUACAUUAUGCUGCAAGAAAAGGUCACUUUGAAUGCGUAAAAUCCUUAUUGUCUUUCGCUUCAACACGUCCAGCUGCCUUAGAUCCUUCUUCAUACUCAAAAAAAGAUGUUCCUAAAGGUGCUGCAAGGGCUGCAGAUGCUAUUGAAGGUCGUCAAAAAACUGCUGAAAGUAUUUUGUUAGAAAAACGUACGUCUAGAGGUCGUCUAGCUCAGGAUGAAGCUCAAUCAGGUGGUCACACACAAUUAGCUGAAUUCUUAAAUGAGCGUCGCUUAUGUUUAACAAAUAGUGAUUGA